AAGAAAACACUUAACUAAGUUCAUUAAUCUCACGGAUUUGCUCCGGCGAAUUAUGGUCGUCGUCUCCAUCUUCCUCCUCCAUCAUCCUUAAAUGGAAGAAACCAAAAGAAACUCCGAUCUUCUCCGUUCUCGUGUCUUCCUCUCUGGCUUCUAUUGCUGGGAUUGGGAAUUCCUCACCGCUCUCUUGCUCUUUAGUUGCUAAAACUUUCUUCGAUUUUCAAUUUCCAUUUUUUUCUCCCUGUCUUGAUAAUUUUUAGUGGGACUUUUCAGUUUUCUUUAGUUUUCUUUUUUUUCUAAAUAAAAAAUUCGCCGGCGAUGAUGACGGCGGUGACGGCGGCACAGAGAUCUGUUCCGGCGCCGUUUCUGAGCAAGACGUAUCAGCUAGUGGAUGAUGUUAGCACAGACGACGUCGUUUCAUGGAACGAAGAUGGAACAGCUUUCGUCGUGUGGAAAACAGCUGAGUUCGCAAAAGAUCUUCUUCCUCAAUACUUCAAGCAUAAUAAUUUCUCAAGCUUCAUUCGUCAGCUCAACACUUACGGAUUUCGGAAAACUGUUCCGGACAAAUGGGAAUUCGCAAACGACAAUUUCCGGAGAGGACAAGAGGAUCAGCUAACGGAAAUACGGCGGCGUAAAUCGGUGAUCGCGGCGGCGGGAAAAUGUGUUGCGGUUGUUGGUUCGCCGUCGGAGUCGAAUUCAGCGGGUGAUGAUCACGGAUCAAGCUCCACGUCAUCACCCGGGUCGAAGAACCCGGGAUCGGUGGAGAACAUGGUUGCUGAUCUCUCCGGAGAGAACGAGAAGCUGAAACGGGAGAACAACAGUUUGAGCUCGGAGCUCGCGGCGGCGAAGAGGCAGCGAGAUGAGCUGGUGGCUUUCUUGACGGAGAAUCUGAAAGUUGAACCGGAACAGAUCGAUCAGAUGAUUAAUGGAGGGAAAUUUAAACCGAUCGCAUCCCGGAUUUCUUUGACGGACGAAGAAAGUGACUGCGAAGGUUGCGGCGGAGCAGAGGAGGAGGAGGGGGUAGGUGAAGGAUUGAAAUUGUUUGGGGUGUGGUUGAAAGGAGAGAGAAAGAAGAGGGGCCGGGAUGAGAAGAAUUUCGUGGUGGGUGGGUCCCAUAUGACGGAAAUAAAGAACGUGGACUUUCACGCGCCGUUGUGGAAGAGCAGCAAAGUCUGCAACUAAAAAGACAGAAGGGGGGGGGCUACUAGAAAGACUGUUCAAACAAAGCGUGUGACACGUCAUCAACGAAGAAUGAAAAAUUAAGCUGAUGUUUUUAUUUUAUGAUUUUUAAAUAUUUUCCGCAAGGAAAGUUUUUUUAAAUAUUUUUAUGUUAAAAUGAGCCAUUAAGGCAAAUAUAAGAGUUUUCAUGUAUUAAAAUUUAGUAGUGUAUUAAGGUGCAAAAAAAUAAGACAUACGUCGAAAUUUCAAAUGUUAGUCUUGGGGUUUUCUACUUAAUCAA